AUGCGGAAAGUGAUAGUAGUUGAUGGUACAUUUUUGAAGAAUAAAUACAAAGGGGUUCUACUAGUUGCUACAGCUGUAGAUGGUAAUUCCAAUUUGUAUCUAAUCACAUUUGAAAUUGCUAAUUCUGAGAAUGAUUGUUCAUGGGAGUGGUUUUUUAUGCAACUUAAGAUGGUUAUAGCUGAUGAAGAAGGUUUAUCAUUUGUGUCAGAUAGACAUAGAUCGAUUACUAAAUCAAUUGGAAACAUCUACCCAUUGGCUAAACAUGGUAUUUGGAUCCACCACUUGAUUAGUAAUGUGAUAACAUAUAAUAAGGACAGAGGUGUCGCUGGUAUGGUUGCAAAAGCAUCAAAAGCUUAUAGAGUUGCUGAGUUUGAGAAAGAGUUUGCGCGAAUUAACAAUAUUAGUCCUGCUAUUGGAAGUUAUCUAGAGGAAGUCAAUGUGAGAAAAUGGGCUCGCCGUCAUUUUCUGGGUUAUAGAUAUGACAUUAACACCAACGCUGCAGCUGAGUCAAUCAAUGCAGCUUUGAGGUCACCCAGAGAGUAUCCACUAAUUCUUUUGUUAGAAAGCAUCAGAGAAAUGAUGACACGCUGGUUUUAUGAGAGUAGAGAGUUAAGUGCAAAGCAAAAAUAUCCUUUUAACUGUUGA